GGAAGGGGAAGGGGAAGAAAUCCGUUGUAACCUACGAUGGACGAUCACUUAUCAUUAAUGGAAGUCGAGAACUUAUCUUCUCAGGUUCAAUCCAUUAUCCUCGUAGCCCUCCUGAGAUGUGGCCAGAAAUCAUUGAAAAGGCCAAAAAGGGUGGUCUGAACCUCAUCCAGACUUAUGUUUUUUGGAACAUCCAUGAGCCAGUUCAAGGCCAGUUCAAUUUUGAAGGCAACUAUGACCUCAUAAAAUUCCUUAAAAUGAUUGGGGAGCAUGGUUUGUGGGUUAGUCUCAGGGUUGGACCCUACAUUGAGGGUGAAUGGAAUAUGGGAGGAUUUCCAUACUGGCUAAGAGAGGUUCCCGACAUCACAUUCCGUUCUUACAACGAACCCUUCGUGUAUCAUAUGCAAAAAUACACAGAGAUGAUCGUUAAUAUGGUGAAAAAGGAGAAACUAUUUGCAGAUCAAGGAGGCCCCGUUAUCAUGGCACAGAUUGAAAACGAGUACAAUAAUAUCCAGCUUGCCUACAGAGAAGCAGGAGAAAAGUAUGUUAAGUGGGCAGCAGAUAUGGCCGUAGGUCUAUAUGAUGGCAUCCCGUGGAUUAUGUGCAAGCAGGAGGAUGCCCCCGAGCAUGUGAUUAGUACGUGUAAUGGAAGACAGUGUGGAGAUACUUUCCCUGGUCCAAAUGGCCCUAACAAGCCUUCUUUGUGGACGGAGAACUGGACUGCUCAAUACAGAGUAUUUGGAGACCCUCCGUCCCAACGUUCAGCAGAAGAUCUUGCAUUCUCUGUUGCUCGUUUCUUUGCAAGGAACGGUACCCUUAACAACUAUUAUAUGGUACA